AUGAAAGGCUUUCUUUCCUUUACAGUCCUUGCAGUCCUUUUACUGGUGCAUAGCUCCCAGGCUGUCUAUGUUAAGGAUGGAGACUUGAAAUUUUCCCUUGAGUCUGUGAAGAAGCUAAAGGAGCUUAUGGAUGAGAAUAGACACAUUAACCCUCGUAUGGUGGUUUCUAGCUAUUCUCCAUGUGAUGAAAAAGAUCUCCCUGAGGAGUUCCAAUCUGUGUGCAAAAGAGAAGAUGCAUCCAUGAUUUUUGAGAGGCUGAGCCUGGCUGUCCAAGAAGGUGAUCUGUGUGAAAUCUGUGCCAAUGCUGCCUGUGCAGGUUGCGUUUGAAUAAGGAUGAAACAACCCAAAGAAGAUGUGUCAAGCUAGGAAGUUUGUGUAUUCAUAUUGCAAGAUCACAUACUUUCACAAAUCAAUAUUUGGUUUCCGUCUCCACUUCAGUCAAUCUGGAGCUGCUAGCUCACGUAGACAUACCAAGGGUAGUCCUGAAGUAGUCAGAUCAGGUGCCACCAGCAGUGCAGUUCUGGCAACAAGGAGACUGUAAACCUCAUCGGAGAGGUUUCAGUUCUGCAUGAGUUGUGUCAGACUGGAACAAAAAUGUCCUGGGCACAGUUUAAGUUUCCACUAUUUUGUCUGGAUUGGAACACGAUGGGUGAAACUGUGCAGUCUCCUGCAGCCUUUUUAAUGUCUAAAUCUGCCUGUGAUUUGACCUCCCCUACACAUAACACCCACCUGUAUUGGGUUAUCAUCCUUUCCAGCCCAUGCUUUCCAAUGCGUUGGAUAACUAUCUCCAUACCUGUAGGCCUGCAUGUGGCAUGCGUAUGUUUGUAACAGAACUGCAGCAAGUAACCUGGGGACAUAGGGAGAAAUUUCUCAGUCUGUUGCUUGCACUAAUUGUUGCCAGUUUAGGGAAUGGACGUACAGCA